ACAAUUAAACCUGUGAGGAAUAAAACCCACCCAAAAUGAAACAUAAACCCAAACCCAAUUUCCAAAAUACACGAUCGGGCCUAUUUCUUCCAGCAAUCAAGCAGCAGCAGCGACCUCAAGCAGCAGCAACAUCACCAGGAUUUGACACAAUAAUGUGGAGUAUCAACAUUGGUAAAUCACUAGUUUCGCAAAAGAUUCUUAAUCGGCUAGCUUUCUCUUUUUCCAGAUCAUUUUAUACAUCAAAACCAUGGGAAAAUGUUCUCCCCAAACAAACAGCUGUAUUUAUUAUGAAUCAGAUGGAUCCUCCUCUUCCUUGUAGUGGGAAUGGGAAUCGAUGGUUCUCAUCACGGGUCAACGGUGAUAGAAUUGUUCAUAAUCGAUUAGAUGAAGUCAAGCAGGGAAAGCAUAGGGAGGGAGAUCGGAGAAAAAAAGCAGGUCUGGGUACAGCUAAUAUAGAUGCUGAAGGUGACAAGGAUCACGUGGGUGUAGGGCCAAACAUUGAUAAAGUAGAGGAGGAGUAUAGAAAACAUGUCGACCCUCGUCUUCUUAACAUGAGGCGCGAGGAAGUCGAUGAUUCUGAAAGUGAAGAAGAGGACCAUUUGACUCAUGAAGGCACUAAAAAGAGUCUAGAAAUCAUGGAUAAGAAACUCAAACGUCAUGAAGAGCUUCUUCAUAGUUUUACUAAAUCAAAAACUAUUGAGGAUGCAUUUAAUUUGAUGAAAAAAAUUGACAAAUUCGAGGAGAAACAUUUACCCUUUCGGCUUGAAUACCGCGUCAUUGGUGAUUUGGUGAACCGGCUAAAAGAUGCUACUGGUAAAGAGAAAUUUGUUCUCCAACUCAAGGUGAAUAGAGCUAUCAAAUUCGUUAAAUGGAAAGAAGCCUUUGAUCUCAAUAACCCUGCCAACUAUGGAAUCCUCCGAAAGCACCCAUCAAAACAUGAUCAUGCUGAUGAUUUUGUAGCUGAAACGGACGGAUAUUCAAAAAAAGAUACAUUAGAUGAAGAUGAUGAGGAAGUGUUUGAUAACACUAAGCAGACUGAAAAGAUAUUGUUAGAGAAGGUAGAUGUCAUUGACCAAAAGCUUGAAGAGAAGCUUGCAGAGUUGGAUCAUACUUUUGGAAGAAAAGGUAUGGUACUGGAGGAGGAGAUCAGAGAUCUUGCUGAAGAGCGCAACACUCUGACUGAAAAGAUGAGAAAACCCGUUUAUAUAAAUGGUUUUGAUGUGAAAGCCAUUGAGGUUAACCGAACACAUAGAGCUACAAAGGGAGGGAGGAAAGUCAGAUUUACGGCAUUGCUUGUUUGCGGGAAUUAUCACGGUGUCAUUGGUUUCGCCAAGGCAAAAGGCCCUUCGAUUGCCAGUGCAUGUCAGAAGGCUCAAGUGAAGUGCUUUCAAAAUCUGCAUUAUGUGGAACGACAUGAAGAUCAUACAAUUGCACAUGCCAUUCAGGCUUCUUAUGAGAAAACCAAGGUUUAUCUUUGGCCUGGUCCGACUAAAGGUGGCAUGAAGACAGGAAAACCUGUUCGGGCUAUAUUACAUCUAGCUGGUUUCAAAAAUGUUAAAUCUAAGAUCGUUGGGUCCAGAAAUGCAGAUAACACGGUUAAAGCUGUUUUUAAGGGUUUGAAUGCGAUAGAAACUCCCAAAGAUGUGCAACAGAAAUUCGGCCGGGUUGUGGUGGAUUCAUAUCUGUUAUCAUGAGUGAUUAAAAAAUUGAGAAGACUAGCUAAUCUGUUAGAUACGUUAAAGCCACAACAAAGUAACAUUGACGAAAUCAAAAUUGAGGCAUGUUGCUAGUUGACAUCACCUUUUGAUUCAUGAGUACAAUUGUUUCAACAAGUUGUUUGGUUGACCCAGGAAGGGAAUAUCUAUGAUGCCCUAUAAUUUGCUUUCGAGUAAGCUGUAAGCUAUAUAAUCCAAACACCAUUAAAAGUGUUGGCUAUUUUUUUUUAAUUAAUGCAAUAAGCUAGCAAGUUAAUACAAA